AGCGGGGUGGGUACCCCGCGUCCAGAGCCCCGCAAGUAGGCGAGCGCUCCCCUGUGCCCGGGCUGUCGCGGCGGCAGCAUGGCCACGCAGAGCGCCCCGGAGGGCACCUGUGAGCCGCCGCCGCAGCCGAAGCCGCCCGCCAAAUCUGACGGGUAUCUAUCCAAACUUAGAGAACUUGUGAAACAUGAAGCAGACAAAAAUAAAUCUCAGUGCAAAACUAUGGGGCCAGCAAAAGUUGCAGUGCCAUCUCCAAAUGAUUUUCUGCAGAAACGUUCCAAGGAGCCCAAGCUAGCACCAAAAAAAAAAGAAGAGGAUGGUAAAAAAUUGCUCCCAUUAUCAGUGCCACCCAGGACAUAUCACCCAGUUACUCGUACUAAAAAGAAUUUUAUAAGUAAAAAUGCACUUGCUGUUAUGACAGGGGAGCCUAAAAAGCCUCGACAUUUUUGUGUUGAUACAAGACAGGGAGAUAAAUAUCUCCUUGAACCUUCAGGACUUUUUCCAAAAUACAUUAACAAAAAGAGUUAUGGUGUUUUACCAAAAUAUGUGAUACAGAGAAAUGAAGAAAUGAAGAGAGAGGAGGAAGAAUACCAAGCCAAUGUUUUGGAGCAACUCAAGAAGAAAGCUAUGAAAGUACUAUCUGAAGAAGAAAGGACAGAUAUUCUGAAGGCACUGAAAAAGAACUGGGAGGAAAUAAAUCGUGCAUAUCAAGGUCUUCCAAUAGUAACAGACACCAGGUACAAGCAGAUGCAUAAAGAAGAGCUGGAAUUAAAGCUGAAACAACUGGAGCAUGACAUAGCAGCAAUUGAGAAGCACAAAUGUGUCUACAUUGCAAACAUGUAAGGAUUGUUGUUCAGAUAUGGCCUCUUUUCUUCUUUUCCCCUGUCCCUGCAUCUCCAAGAAAUGCCUCUCCAAAUUCUCAGAAGAUGCUACUGUCAACUGUUUAGAAGGAAAUACUCAACUAAGUAUGUAGCAUCUUAGAAAAGUUGUUACAUAUAACUGUCAUCUAUACAAUUCCCCAAACAUUUUGAAAUAAAAUGCUUAACUAAACUUUGAGUAUGAAUGAUGAAUUUAAUUUUUUAUUCUUUGUAAUUUUUAUUAACUACUAAGAUUUCUAUAAACAUCAUACAGAAAGCAUGUAAAACACUGUUUCUUAUGUUUGGAGUACAUCUUUCCUUGCCUAGCCAAAACAAAGGGAAGUAAUUGGCAGCUGUAGACAGCUUGGUAAAUAUUACUUCAGGAUGGAAUGGCUUCUGGACUAUAUAUUAAAGAGAUCUUGUGCUUUACUUAAAAGCUUGAGUAAUUGUAUUUCUAAACAGGUUGGGUUCUGUAUAACAUUUUGUGUGCUUAUUUUUUGUCACCAAAACCAAUUUUUAAUGUGGAAAGCUGCAAUAAUACAGACUUUACACAGUACAGACACCACAUGUGUGUUUUUACAAGUACAUAAUUCUGUAAUGCUAUAGUAAAUCUACAGUUAAAUUAGAAAAAUGUGUUUUGACUGGAAUUAUGUGUGUAUUGUUAGAAUGAAAGCAGAACACAGCUUUUUCUGUAUGGUGUCAAUCACUACCACCAGCAGCUGUUGUGACAUCAUCAUAUCUGACAUCAGCAAAGGAUAAAGUCAAAAAUUUGAAAUUAACUAUGGAAAUCCAAAUUUUCCCAUACAUUGAGUUCCUUUCCUAAAUUUUUCAGGGGAUGGCUCUGAAGACUUCACAGUGAUUCUAGCUCUGUUUCUUGUGCAUGUUAUACUUGUCUAUGACAUGCACUAGGAAGAGGUGGGUGAGCCGGAAUGUGAAUUUUCUUAUUUGUAACUUAUUGUUAAGCAAUCAUGUUUAUUUUUGAAGGAUAUAAGCUGGAAGAAAGCUGCAGAUUGGUAAAGUAUGGAUUUAAAAGAAAUGAAUGUGUCAUUCAAAAGAAUGACACACUGUAUAUUUUAAUAAAACUACACUAAAUUGUUAGCACUUAAUAAUAUGUGGCAUUAUCUUCUAGCAAAGUACCUGAUGCCCUUCUUGAGAAAUUCAGUGUCAUCAGAAAAGGCUGUUUCUUGGCUUGAAAUUAAAAAAAAUGGGAUUUGACUCCACAAGAGCAUGCAUUCCCACUGCCUCCCUGUCAGCCUUUAUUUAUUUGCAGACUGGCUGAUUUAGGUUAGGAUCAGCAUUUGGUUCUUCCACUUAUCAUCAGUGCUAACUUUAUGGAAAUACAAAAUAGGUGGUGGCCUAUCCCAAAACUUGGGAUGAGCAGCUAGGCCACACUUAGAAACAUUCAUCAUUUACCAGUAGAAAUGACUGGUUUUUAACAUUGUAAGAAGUAUGUUAAUCCAUUAUUGGGAAAUGAGGAAGUGAAUGGGAAGGCAUGCAAAAAGUAUUCCUGCUUAACAGAAGAGGAAGAGACAAAAGUCAGUAUCCUUCUGUAGCUGAGUGGACUGUCACUAGUGUCCUUCAACAAUGCUGUGGCAUUUUUUUCCUGAGCCCUAUAGCUCUUUGCAGGUAGAUCAUGAGACAUGUGAAUUGCUUCUGUCACCCUAUGGAGAGGCUUUUGGUGUGUAUUCCAUGGGACCUGCCUAUACCUCUGAUUAUGGAGAAAGAAUAUAAUGAAAAUCAUUGAAAAUGCACACAGAAGGGUACUGUUCUUAACCUUUAGCUCUCUCUGGGAAAUUUGACAAAAUAAAUUUACAGAAUCCAAAGAAUGUAACUCUGUAUUUAUAUGUUCAGGAAAUGCCAGUAAUUGAAAGUAUAAUGUUUGUGAAUCAAGUUAUAUGUCCCAUUGGUAUAACAAAAUGAAAAAGGUGGAUAAACUCAACUGUUCUGAUAGAAUUUUUCCCCCAUAAAAGCUAUUAAAUAUUAACAGAAACAACUCUGUCUGCAGGCUAAAAAGAAGCAUUGCCAUUUGAAACAUCCUUUAAAUUCACUAGUCAGUUACUAAUAAUCAAUGAAGUAACAAAGACUGUAAUCAAACUGCUUCAGUACUUCAUAAUUAUAAAACUGAUCAUUUUAAAUUGUCCAUAUUAAAUUGGAUAACCAUAAUAAAACAUGAAAAAUGGGGCAUGAAUAAUCUAUUGUAACUCGGUAAGAGUUACGUUCCCACAAACUGAAAAUAUUUCCUGUUGGAAGUUGUGCAUGACAAAGCUGUGUAUCUAUUUUUUAAAAAUAGCAACGUGAAAUUAUGAUGAAUAUCUCACUGGCUUUUCUUGAGAAUGAAACUAUUUAUAUUCAGGAAGGAAGGGAUCAGAUGUGGCAUCGUCACAAACAGAGGGAGUUCCUGAUUGCCUCGAGCAAACAUCAGCUCUGACAGGAGCAUGUGGGCUCCAUGUGGCUGAUCUUAGACCAUGGUGGCUUUUUGGGCUCUGCAUGCAUUCCUGGAGACUAAGUCUGGGACAGUUCUUCAAAACCUAGAGAGGUAACCUCAUUCCCCUCACAAAAUUCAGUGGGAAAAAUGGGAGAAAUUCACCACUGAAUUCAUUUUCCAUAGUCUCUGUAGGCAGUUUUUUUUGUGGGAGGGCAUGUUCUGACCCCUUGUAUAUUUUUGUGGAAAAUUGGUACAGCAAACUGCUGCUGUGAUGGCUCUGCCAUGAAGCUAAAAUCUAGUCCUUUCAUUGGCAUACAUUUCAGGCAACACAAUAUAUCUAACAAUUUCAGACUUAAUGAAGGCAGCCAUCUUUCACAUAAGAAAAUUUCACAUAUAUGCAGAUUAAUAGCAUCCUAGAUAAAUGCUAGCCCUAUUCCACACUUUCAUCCUCAGCUUUAGGAUGCUUAUAAUAUUAAUGACAUAGUUAGAGGAGAGACAGAUGGCAAACCCUGUUAUUAAGGUUGUCUGACAUUUCCCAUAGUCAAGGAAGGCAGCUGCUGAGCCCUGCAGCAUUGUCCACCCCAGGUGUGUAUUGAGCAUGACUAAGCCAAGGGGGAAUGGCCUUUCCUUCCAUGAGUGGCCAUCCAAGGUGGUGAUGUACACAUGACCACAUAAAUGCCUAGAUUGUAGGAUUUUUCAUACUAUAUCUUCCUCCUGCUCCUUCCUGUCAUGCAAAGUUAUGUAAAUAAAAUACAAGUAAAUUUACAGUGUUCACCUUCCAGGCUAAGAAGUGGCAUUAUGGUAGGAAUGCAGCAUCAGUGAUUUCUUGUGGUUUUUUCUUUACUGUUUAAAAGGUGCUGAUAUAAAUAUGACUUAUAUUUCAGCAAGUUAUGAAACACAAUUUUUUAUAGACUGUACCUCCACAAAUAGUUGUAGACAGGCAGACAUAGCCAAAUAGUAGCUGUAUGCUGGUCUUGUUGAUGCUGCUAGGAGAGUGAACUUCUGUUCAGUCACAGUACCAGCCUGUGGUGUUAAUUCAUUAUGCCAUGCCAGCCUCCACACUGACUCCACAGCAUGAAGAAAUUUAUAGAAAUAUGCAAACACUGGAAUAACUUUGUAUUCAAAUCUUUCCUCAAAUGUCCUUUGCAGUGGUGCUCACCAAAAAUUUAACAGCAGCUGAGCUGCUAGUGAGCUGAAAUAAGGCUUUAUCUUGCUGACCUGUGCAGUUUCCUUGAACCCCCCUGGCACUGUAGCCUGUUGUUUCUUGUCUUAGAUUGUUAAGCUAUCUGUCAUACGGGUUGUGUUUUUCUCUCUUUGCUUUGUGGCUGACACAAUUUUGUCUGUUAGUAGAGCUCUUGUGUGCUUAUAAUAACAGUAAUAAUAAAUAUGA